CCGGUCACGUGACGGGUCAGCUGACUCCGGGACUUCCUCAAAAGCGCAGCCAGACCUGGCGUCACAACAACCCGGAGCCCGACGGAGCCGCGCCAGCCGGAAGCGUCGCCGCCUGCCUCUGUCGGUCCAGUGCCGAGUGACUCUCUGACUCUCUGACUAUGACUCCGCCGCCGAAACCAGGAAGGGAGUCCGGGGACACGAUGAGGCUGCUCUGGUCGCUGCCCCUCACCUCAGCUCUGCUGCUGCUGCUGCUCCUCUCCUCGCCCUGGCUCGGUUCCGCUCGCCCGGCCCGGAGCCCGGUCCAGCUCUGGGAGUCACCGAACCGACCUUUCGUCCGCUUCAACUGGAAGAACCUCAGCUGCCCCGCGUGCAAAGCGAUCUUCGCCGUCGUGGACCUGGCUCUGCUGAGUGAGAGCAACGAGGAGCGGGUGGCCCAGCUGGCCGGCAGGGCCUGCGUGGACCUGCACCUGGCCGAGCCCGAGGUGUGCCGCCAGAUCACCGAGCUCUUCCGGGACGACUUCAUCCGGGCGCUGCAGCAGUCGCUGCUGUGGCCCAGCGAAGCCUGCGGCCUGCUGCUGGGACCCUCCUGCGGCAAAUACGACAUCUUCGCGCCGUGGAACGUCUCGCUGCCCGGCCUCCCCAAGCCCAAGGUCACGCCGCCUUCGCCUCCCAAACCAGGCGCUCCACAAACCCGGGUUCUGUUUCUGACCGACAUCCACUGGGACAAGGAGUACCAGGCCGGCGCCGCCGCCGACUGCAAGGAGCCCCUGUGCUGCCGGCGGGGCUCCGGCCUCCCCGGCGGGGGGCGGCGGGCGGCAGGCUACUGGGGCACCUACAGCAAAUGUGACCUGCCCUUACGCACCGUGGAGAACCUGCUGGAGAACGUGGUGAAGAACGGGCCCUGGGACUGGGUCUACUGGACCGGCGACGUUCCGGCCCACAACGUGUGGUCGCAGACUCGGAAGCAGCAGCUGGACGAGCUCACCGUCAUCAGCCAGCUCAUCCAAAAACACCUGGGGCCCAACGUCACCGUCUACCCUGCCGUGGGGAACCACGAGAGCACCCCGGUCAACAGCUUCCCGCCGCCCUUCAUCCACGGCAACCGCUCGUCCGCCUGGCUGUACGACACCAUGGCGCAGCUGUGGUCGCCGUGGUUACCGGAGGAGGCGCUGAAGACCCUCAGGUACGGAGGCUUUUACUCGGUGGAGGUCCAGAGAGGUCUGAGAGUGGUGUCCCUCAACAUGAACUUCUGCGCCCGGGAGAACUUCUGGCUGAUGGUCAACUCCACUGACCCGGCCAACCAGCUGCAGUGGCUGGUGCACGUCCUGCAGAGCAGCGAGAGCAAAGGCGAGAAGGUGCACAUCAUCGGCCACAUCCCGCCCAGCCUGUGCCUGGCCAGCUGGAGCUGGAACUACCAUCACAUCAUCAACAGGUACGAGGGCACCGUCAGCGGCCAGUUCUUCGGGCACACGCACCUGGACCAGUACCAGAUGACCUACGACGAGACCGACUCCACCCGACCCAUCGGCGUGGCCUUCAUCGCCCCCAGCGUCACCACCUUCGUCAAUCUCAAUCCAGGUUACCGUGUCUACUACGUGGAUGGCAACUACCCCGGCAGCUCGCGCUUCGUGCUGGACCAUGAGACCUACAUCCUCAACCUGACGGAGGCCAACCACAGGCCCGGGAACCGCUCGCAGCCCGAGGAGGACCCCCGCUGGACCCUGCUGUACCGGGCCUCCCAGGCCUACGGCCUGCCCGCCCUGCUGCCGGCCGACUGCGAGCGACUCACCAAGGCGCUCGCCGCCGACCAGCGGCUCUUCCAGAGGUUCUGGUUCCUGCAGCACAAGGGCCACGUGUCGGAGCCCUGCCGCGACGCCUGCCGCGCCGCUGCCGUCUGCUUCCUGAAGAGCUUUGUGCGCUGCGACGCCGCCGGCAGCUCGCCGCCUCGCACCUGGAGCCUCUGCUGACCUGUCUUGUCAGGGCUCCAGAGAUGGACUCAUCGAAGUAUUAGCGAAAUGUGUUGAUGCGGGUGUUUCAGAGCAGGCGCAACUGGGUUCCAGUGCCUUGCUCAAGGGCAGGCUCACCACUGAUUCAGACAAAGCCCCCGUUUGUCUUCUGCACUUUAGGUUUGUCUCCUGCGUCUGAAGCGUCGCGAGGCUCAGGGACCGGUUCUCAUGCGUUUGAUGUCCUCAAUAAAGAUUGUCUGAGGGAUUUUCUGACGUCUUUCCUGCUCAGUGGUGGCGACCCGCCUCGCGAACAGGACUCGCCGGUCGGGUCAGAAGCCCAGCCGCACGCUGCUCUCCACGCUGACGCCGGACUGAACUGCAGAAACAGACUGGAUUUUGUUCACGUCAAACUUGGUCUCCAACUCCCGCAGGUCCCAGGUCUUGGGCUUGUGCGGGUUGUCCAGCUCCUCCCGCGGUAAGAAGAGCCUGCAGAGACGAGCGUGGUCAGCAGGCGGCGCCGCAGCGAGGAGGCCACCGUACCUGUGGUCGGACACGAAGGAGGUGUUGAACCAGAAGUAGAAGGGGACGUCUUCGUAUCCUUUGGGGAGACCCUGCGACAGAAGCAGCCGUGAGAGGCGGAGACACGCGGCGGCGGGAGAGGGAGGCACUCACGGCGCUGGACUCGAACAUGACCUUCACAUCUCCAUCCACCACAGGUCCGUUCUGGAGGCUGAUGACCACCGCGUUGUUGCCCACGUCGGGAAACACCUGCGUGGACAUCAGAACGUUGGCGGGGG